AUGGACGUGAUGGAUGAUCGAGCGCAACAGCACUCCUACAUCAAUGGCCCCAGUCUAGGCCAAAUUCCUGCUCGAACAGUUCCAAUCAUUCAACAACCCACUCUACAAACCCCCGCUCCAUCUGGCGACGCAAUGGAUGUUACGCCCCCCGGUAGCGCGGUAAUGGGACCUCCUUCGAGAACAAGUCCCGACCACGAAGCAAACAGCAUUCCAGAACACAUGAUGGUGGAAGAUCAACCCAGCUCAGGUAGCUUGGCGACUCCUAGUGCAGCUGCCGCAGCUGCGGCUGGAGGAGGAAUUCAGCCAAAAGUAGUGCAAACUGCAUUUAUUCACAAAUUAUACAGUAUGUUGGAAGAUGUUAAUAUUCGACAUCUUAUCUCCUGGUCCGCUACCCAGGACAGCUUCGUUAUGUCACCAUCUAGCGAUUUCUCAAAAGUCCUUUCACAAUAUUUCAAACAUACCAACAUUUCCUCUUUUGUACGCCAGCUGAAUAUGUACGGAUUUCACAAAGUCAGUGAUGUCUUCCAUCAAAAUGCGCCGGAAACGCCGCUGUGGGAAUUCAAACAUGGACAGAAUAGCUUCAAGCGCGGAGAUGUCGUCGGGUUGAGGGAGAUCAGACGACGGGCCUCGCGACAAUCUCUCGUUCAUCGAGAUUCAUACUCUGCCCCCAAACCACCGCUUUCGCAACCCGGAACUCCAGGCGAACCAAUUCAACCAAUUCAGGAAUCAACGGAGUCUAGACUGAUACAAUUGGAACAUGGUCUUUUUGAGAUGCAUGCUAAACAGGCGAGAGAAGCCGAUAAUCAACAGUUUUUCCACGUCAGACAUCAGGGUAUGAUGGAUAUUCUGACUCGUGUCCUACACAUGAAUUAUGAGCUAUCUAGGAUGAUAGCCUCUUUAUCUGGUCCAGAUUCAGGUGUACAUCGCGACGUUGCUGCCCUGCAAGACGAGAUCCAGCGACACAUGGGAACCAUCAGAGGCAUGGAAGAAGUGGGCGAACCCCCCGCCUCAAGUAGUCGACCAUAUUUCUCGAAUUUGCAAAUGGACAAUCCCCCAUCACCUCGCCAAGUACCCCAAGACGACCCUCGUCGUUCGUCAUUCCUUGGGGUUCCACCUCGCAAUUUCCAUCGACCUCCUAUUCCAUCGCAUUUGUCUCUCUCUGCUCGCAGAGGGUACGGCUCGAUUGGAGGUACAGUCGGAUGGCAACCUACUUCAUCCCCUUUCGCGUCAGGUCAAUCGUCGUCACACUAUCCGUCAUCUCCCAAGAGAACAGCAACGCACAUGGCCAACGAGGACCAACGAAUUCGCGAUAGUUUUAGCAUGUACUCACUCGCCGGAGCAACGCAUGGCCACAGCAUAUCUCGCCCAACAACUCCUCCAUACACCAACGGAAAUGCGGCAGAGCAUCUUAAUAGCUGGUCCUGGAGCGGAUCUAAGGAGAGAGAAAGACCAGGUCUCUUCAGAGAUAAUUCAGGGCCCCCUACUCGGCGAGGAAGUAUGGCACAUAUCUUGAAUCCAGCUGAAACUGCGGAACGCGCAGAAGAACACGAGGAAGAGAUGCUCAGGGAAGAAGAUCGCAAAAGAAAGCGUCUUCAAUAA